AUCGUUUGGGUACUCACUCAUAUCCCCGAGCUCCUGGAUAUCCUUGUCACGAGUAGAAAAAAAUUCCUCUCGCUUGCAUCGCUGGAUUGCUGUGGAGAGGACUUUUGAACAGUUGGUUUUGAUGCAGAAGUAUAACCCACUUUGUUGAGGUUUCGGAGUGCGCUGCGAUCAAGUUGUCUCAGUUAAAGUGGUGCUCUUGACUUCUCGUGACCCCCCGACGCAUAACUCUUGAAACCUUGGAAGCCUUGUGGAACGAGUGCAGACCAUUCCUUCGACUUUGGUUCUUCUGUUCGCGAUGAUGUCGUACCACGCAUAUCUUGCUGUAGCAGACCCCGCCAACCUCCAGAAGUGUGAAGAGCUGUUGAAGGGAUUGCCAGCGAGGACUCCUACGCCCGUCCGGAAUCCAACAUGGGUGUUCUUGAAAGGAAUUGAGGGUUUUGGCUACGAACGCGCUAGCGAUUGCCUGGUGCGGCUUCUCAACAACCACUAUUACACUAUUGAUGAUCUGAAGCUGGCAACUGAACAAGAUCUGGUCAACUACGCGGGCAUCAAAGCAGGGGACGCUCUCCAAAUUGUGGCUGCUGCCAAAAAGGACAUGUGGUGUGAAAACCAAUUCCGAGAUUGAUGUACGCCCUCAUUUCAUCGGCAAGGGACACGUGAGUGAAAUGAAGACAGUACAGGUGAUACUCCUCCAAUGUGUCUGCGCUGAAGGUUAGCGAAACCAAUCCAAUAUUUCUUUUGACUCUACAAUGAGCUGAAUGCUAGAUUUGUCAAACAUAAGUAAACUCAGUUCAAGAAUUCAGACCCGAAGGAGAAUCCGACAUUGUAAAGCAAGUAUAGUGUGAGGAUGUUUUAGGAAAAGCCUUGUGUAAAUCACACUCCAGCUCCUACUUGUGACAUCAGAUCUUGUAGACUAGUCGUUCUGUUUUGACGAGUUGGAGGUGAAACUUGCAUAUAGCGCUAAGUUCAGCUGACUGGAAGACUUUCAUCUUCAGUUUCAGAUUAUGUAAACCACUGCUGGUUCGACUGCACGGUGCUAUAUUUCUCUCCGGCAUCCGUUGACCCGUUAUCACGCUUCGCCUCCUUCGCGGCGCCGAGGUUUGGCCUCGCUAGACCCCACGGCGAUAGGUCUCGCUUCUCAAACACGCCGCUACCAGCGUCAGCCAGCGUCGUGGUGCGGCUGGGCCCGCGGUGGGUAGAACAAGAAAACAGUGGAGAAGAAUGGAACGUGAGAGAUUCUGUAAGACCAAAUCAGAGGCUUGUGGUUUUAAUUUUUGUAUCGAGGCUAUGAGAGGAAGAUAUGGGUGGAGGUAGAUGCGCUUGAGGAAAAAAUUUGCACCUUAGCCACAUUUAUCUCCACAAAAAGUGAGUCAAAAAGAUAUUGAAUCAACUGCUACAUAUUCUUGUGAAGAUAAAUGUGGCUUUUUAUGAGUUUUUACUCAACUAUUUUUGAACAAUUUUUGGUCCUUUUUUUCCACCUUGUUGUCUCCUAUUGUACGAAUUGUGUAGAUAUAUUUUGCAUUUAAUGAAAAAGAGUUGGAUUAAGAGCUUUAGUAAUUA